CCCCUUUGGUUCCACGUGGUCGGCAGCGGAGCUAGAGUAGCACUGGAUGUGGGCUCUGUGUGUGGUGUGGGUACCGUGAUGGCGGGGGCCCAGUCCGGCGGUGCUGCUCGAUUCUCUUGUCCCCACAACUUUACCGCGACGCCCCCAGCCUCAGAGCCCACUCGUUUCUCCUUGGAGGCGUUGACAGGCCCAGAUAAGGAACUGUGGCUUAUCCAGGCGCCUACAGACUUCGCCCCAGACUGCUUCAAUGGCCGGUUCGUACCUCUCUCUGGCUCCCAGAUUGUGAAGGGCAAGUUGGCAGGCAAGCGGCACCGCUACCGGGUCCUAAGCAGCAGCGGCCCCCAGGCUGUAGAAGCAACCCUGCUGGCCCCCUCAGCAGAGGCAGGAGGUGGACUCACCUGUGCCCCAGUCCCCAGGGGCAGCCUAAGGAUCUUAGAGGGUCUCCAAGAAUCCUUAUCAGGGACCCCACUGCAGCCCAUUCCAACACUCCCCCCACCCCAGAUCCCCCCUGGCCUGAGGCCUCGUUUCUGUGCCUUUGGAGGCAGCCCACCAGUCACAGGACCUGGGUCAGCCUUGGCACUGAGGUCACCAGCCUCCAGGAAGAGGAAAAAGAAGAAGCAUAAACCCGAAGCCUCUGUUCCUCAGGAGGCAGUGAAUGGGCAUGGGACCCUAGAGGUGGACACUGCUUUGGGGCCCCCUGAAAUGGAUGUGGGGAAGAAAAAGAAAAAAAAGCAGCAACCAAAAGAACUGGAGGUGAUGGAGCCGGUGGCAACAGAGCUGGUGGCCAAAGUGUUAGAACCUCUGGGAGUGCUGUUCCCAUCCACCAACAAGAAGAAAAAGAAGCCCAAAGAUACAGAAAUGGUUGAGCAAGAAACAGGGAUGCCGGAGCCAGAACUCAUGGUUAAUACUGAGCCUCUGGAAGAAACAGUCCUAUCCCCCACCAAGAAGAGGAAGAGACAGAAGCGGACAGAAGGAAUGGAGCCAGUGGAGGGGAUGAGAAUUGAAUCUCAGGUGCAGGUGAAGAUGGAGCCACAAGAGGAAGCCAUCCCACUGCCAUCCUCAAAGAAGAAAAAAGAAAAGGGGUACAAAGUGCUGAUGGAGCCAGGGACUGAGGCUGUAGGGCCAGAGAUGAGACCUCUAGAGCUCCAAGGGGAGAAGAUGGAGCCUCAACUGCCACAUGAAGUUGAGCUUCAGGCCGAGGCAGCUCUGACAUCCACCAAAAGGAGGAGGAAGAAAGAAAAAUGGCCAAAUGCAAAGAUGGAGCCAACGACAGAGGCGGAGGAGCCACAAGAAGAGGUGACGGUGCCUGAGCUGGCAUGCGACCUUGAGUCUCGGGCAGCUGUAGCAUCCACCAAGAAGAAGAAGAAAGAAAGAGGGCAUAAAGCGACAGAGCCAGGGACUGAGGUGACUGACCUACAAGGUGAGAUGGUAGAGCCUGAGCUGCCAGGUGAGGGUGAGCCCGAGGCCAGGGCAGAUCCAGCAUCCGCUAAGAAGAGGAAGAAGCAGGGCCAGGAAAGCAGGGUACCAGAGAUGGGAUCCCAGGAGAUACCAGAGCUGCCACUGAAUCCAGAGUCUGGAGGGGUGGCUCCCACUGGACGGGAGAAGAAGAGGAAGAAGAAGCCGCAGCAGGAUCCUGUGUAAAAUCCUCCAGGGAAACUGACAACUGCAACUAAGAAAAGAUGAGGUGGCCACCUGGGCUGUCAGAAGGUGAGAGAAGAACCCCCUCCUAGUGUACCAGCACACCAGCAGGAACCUGAACCAGGAAAAUGCUUUAUUAUUACACAGAGGACCUCCUUGGCAGCUGAGGUCAUUAGGGCACUUUCAGGAAGGGCUCGUGUAGGACAUCAAACAGCCUCCGGGCCUGGGUUGGAGGGG